AUGCCCUGCGGGGGUCUUGAGUGCAUCUCCUAUCUCUACAACUUGGCCGCUGAUACGCUGAUGUGGGACUCGGAGCCGCAGGGCAGAGGCGACAUAAUUUUGUACCUGUUUUCGUGUAGUUGGCGUCCGUAUGCCGUCUUCCUCGAGCGGCUUCUUGGCGAGGGCGUCUCACCGACAAUCGACCCGUUUCGCGAUUUCUACCACGUCAUUCCCUCCCAGGACAGGGAAGGCGAGUGGGAAGACAUCAUAAUCGAAACGCCGCGCCACCUGGCACACGUCAAGCGAGAUCUCUGUGCCAUCGCCUUUGGCCUGUACAUCCUGAGCCGCGAGAAGACCGCGGACGCCAAGGUCUUCGUAGCGUCGGUCGACAGCCGGCCAACGAGCCUCUGCUACCCUUCCCUCCACGGCUUUACCCAAGACCGAGGCGCGAACGCAAAUGCAGAAAUGGCGAGCAAUUGGGCCGAUAUCUUCGUGGUGAAGUCACCCUCACAGCUGGGAGGCUCCGUGUACGAGGAGGAAACGGGGAAGAAGAGGGUCAGCCGCGAUGGUGUCGACAGCCAGCUGCCGGAUGAGCAAUUGCUCGCUCGAGCAGCCACCAUGAGCGAAGGCUGGAUGUUCUUGGACGCCAUCACCCAGGAUAGCAUUGCAUCAACAGUCACCGAACGAUACGAACGAGUCAGUGUCUCCCUGCGCCACUACGUGAUUGACCAGAGCGGCGUGUUGGAUGAACUGCGCUUCCUGCACUCGACCUGCCUUCUAGCUUCGCCGCUCUCUCUUCCCCUCGCGCAAGCGCUGCACGGGCUGGUCGUCAAUCCGCCAUUGGCGUGGGGCGUGGCACAGCGGCGUAAGAUUAACGGCAUGCUGCGAGACACGCUGUCGCUUCACAUGGGCGGCCACUGCCACCACGACGAACAGGAGGAGACCCUGCAGCGCGGCGCCAGCCAUGGUGUCGAUGUGGCGAUCGCUCGUGGUUGCGAUGCCUGCUAUGCUCAGAAGCUCUCGUUCGGCUUUGGCAUCGCCGAGCCUGGAGACCAGGCUGCCGGAACUCCCCAAGGCCCCCUGAGUGUCUUGAACGAACUCGCGUGGGACUAUCACUUGGUCUGGCCGGCGCAUCUCGUGGUUGAUCGCCACGCCAUGCUCAAGAUCAACAAGCUCUUUGGCUUCUUGAUCAAAGUGCAGUCCUCCUCUACGUGCUGGCACUAA